CGCGUCGUCGAAUUGCGUCCGGGCGAGAGGGAGAGCUCCGCCUCGUUCCGCCCCACUCCCCCCACUUCUCCCUCCCCCUCAGCGGAACCCCGCGGCGCGGUGCGGGGAUCCGGCCGGACCGGGGGAGGGAGGCGCGGGGCCAGGAUGAGCACCAAGCAGGUGACCUGCAGGUACUACAUGCAAGGAGUGUGUCGGGAGGGCAGCAAGUGUCUGUUCUCACACGAUCUGGCUACAAGCAAAUCCUCCACCAUCUGCAAGUACUACCAGAAGGGGCAGUGUGCCUACGGAGCACGGUGCAGGUAUGACCACACCAGGCUCCCUGCCUCAGGGGGUGCUGCUGCCCCUGCACCCCCUGCCCUCUCCUCAGCAGCUCUGCAGACCCCCCGGCAGCACCCCCAGCCUGGAGCCCCCAUCCCCAGGAGCAGACUGCAGGAAUCUGGCAAGAGGGAGAGGAAAACCCUGGUGCUGAGGGACAGAAACCUGUGCGGCUCCAGUGAAGAGAAGCAGAAGGGCAGUGUCAGCAGUGAGGUGCUGCCCUGCAGUGAGCAGGAUGACAGCCUGGCCCUGAAGCCCCAUUCCUACCUGGAAGCCAUCUGCAGUGGGCUGGAAGAGGCAGUGGGUGGCAGGUCCUGCCCCGAGGGGGAGCAGCUCUGUCCCUACGCCGCGGCCGGCGCCUGUCACUUUGGGGAGCGCUGCCCUUACCUCCACGGGGACCUCUGUGAGAUCUGUGGCCUGCAGGUGCUCCACCCCUUCGACCAGGAGCAGAGGAAAGCUCAUGAGAUGAUGUGCAUGGCCACCUUUGAGCACGACAUGGAGAAGGCCUUUGCCUUUCAGGCAAGCCAGGACAAAGUGUGCAGUAUCUGCAUGGAAGUGGUGUAUGAGAAGCCCUCUGCCUCUGAGAGGAGGUUUGGAAUUCUUUCCAACUGCAACCACACGUACUGCUUGUCCUGCAUCAGGCAGUGGAGGUGUGCCAAGCAGUUUGAGAACCCAGUCAUCAAGGCGUGUCCUGAGUGCAGAGUGAUCUCCGAGUUUGUCAUUCCCAGCGCUUACUGGGUAGAAGAUCAGGAGAAGAAAAACGAACUGAUCGAAGCCUUUAAGCAGGGAGUGGGGAAGAAACCCUGCAAGUACUUUGAGCAAGGAAAAGGAACCUGUCCCUUUGGAGGGAAGUGUCUUUACCUCCAUGCUUACCCAGAUGGGACACGAGCUGAACCCGAGAAGCCCAGGAAGCAGCUCAGCUCUGAGGGAACUGUGCGGUUCUUCAACUCUGUUCGCCUGUGGGACUUCAUCGAGGACAGGGAGAGCAGGACUGUGAGCAGCACAGAUGAUGAAGUCACAGACCUUGGAGAACUUUUCAUGCACCUUUCUGGGGCUGAUGACGACUCUGCUACUUCCCAAUAAAGAGGAGGAAAGGUCCUGUCCUUGACAGCAAUCCAGCUAUUUAUUUAGCCAUGCUUUGUCUUUCUACAGCACAGUUAGGAUGAACGUACCCUGUGGUUUUCUUGUGCAGUCCUGGUAAAGUUUUCAGAUAGUUUUUUGUAUGGCAACAAAAAUACUAAAAUAUAUUUUAAAAAGUUAAAUUGAUUGCAUGGAAAAAACCCAGCCUAAUCCCAAGAGGGUUUUCUGCCUCUUUGGCCUAAAUUAUGCUGUCCUGUGAGGUGAGUGUGAGGUGGCGUAAUUACAGCUCCUCUCUUACCAUUUAAAACUUAAGCUGUUAAAAAUUGUUACUAAAUCUAUUUUGGGUGGGGUUUUUUCUCUACUAAGUGUGUAUCUACAAAAACCCACUGGGAAUAAUGGUCAGUGUAGCUUUUUUUUUUUUUUUAAAAAAAAAAGAGACUUAAGAACUAAUGCAUUAUACCUCAAAGUAGUACCUAGAGUUCUGAAUCAAGUUUCCUGUGCUCUUGCAGAGUUCAGUGGUAGGGCCUGGGCACUGCUCAAGGUCCUACCCUGGCUUUUAAAAUCAUUGAAGAGUGGGAGAAGUGUCCCUUGGACCACCUGUCCUAAAGCAAACACAAUUCAUCUGUUCUGGCAGAGAAGUUCUGGAGGGACAGUGUACAGCAAAAUUAAACUGACUGCACUAAUUGGCUUUUGGAAACUGUCUAAUAAGUAGUUAAGUAAUCACUGCAACAAUAAUAGUGAGAUUUUUUUCUUCUGUUUAUUUCACAUGUAUCCCACUGGUAGGGAAAUUUUUACUCAGGUUAAAGGAAGUAACCAAAAUUACAUGAAGUGACUAAAUAAUUUUCUGACCUCCUUAUAUCAGUGAUCUUAUGGUUUGCAACUCUGCAACAGAAAUAAUUUCAGCUACAAAAGAAACAACUUGGUUUAAUUGCUGCUUUUCCUAACGCAGUGGCAGACUGGUCCUUGGCCUCUGGCUCCAACCCAGGCUUAGCUCAGCCCAAUUUCCAGGCACCUCCCACCCCCUGCCAGCUGCCAGAGAGCCCCAAACUGGCACCAUUCCCAACUUUCCCCACCUUGGUGACACUUUUAAGGUGGCUGCAGUGCAGCAGGUGCCAAGGCUGCCUCCAGCUUCCUCCCCUCAGCAGCUCCUUCACCUCCAG